ACAUCUUCGGGAGAACGCGGAGUGGAGCGCGGAGAGCGAAGCGAAGCUGGACAGCGGGGGGCCCAUGAUGUGGCGACCCUCACUUCUGCUGCUUCUGUUGCUACUGAGACACGGGGCCCAGGGGAAGCCGUCCCCGGACGCCGGCCCUCACGGCCAGGGGAGGGUGCACCAGCAGGCCCCCCUGAGCGAGGCCCCUCACGAUGACGCGCACGGGAACUUCCAGUACGACCACGAGGCUUCUGGGAGGGAAGUGGCCAAGGAAUUCGACCAGCUCAGCCCAGAGGAAAGCCAGGCCCGGCUCGGGCGGAUCGUGGACCGCAUGGACCGCGCCGGGGACGGCGACGGCUGGGUGUCGCUGGACGAGCUGCGCUCGUGGAUCGCGCACACGCAGCAGCGGCACAUACGGGACUCGGUGAGCGCGGCCUGGGACACGUACGACACGGACCGCGACGGGCGCGUGGGUUGGGAGGAGCUGCGCAACGCCACCUAUGGCCACUACGCGCCCGGUGAAGAGUUCCACGACGUGGAGGACGCAGAGACCUACAAGAAGAUGCUGGCUCGGGAUGAGCGGCGUUUCCGGGUGGCCGACCAGGACGGGGACUCGAUGGCCACUCGGGAGGAGCUGACAGCCUUCCUGCACCCCGAGGACUUCUCUCAUAUGCGGGACAUCGUGAUAGCUGAAACCCUGGAGGACCUGGACAAGAACCAUGAUGGCUACGUCCAAGUGGAGGAGUACAUCGCGGACCUGUACUCACCGGAGCCCGGAGAGGAGGAGCCUGCCUGGGUGCAGACCGAGCGGCAACAAUUCCGAGACUUCCGAGAUCUGAACAAGGACGGGCGUCUGGACGGGAGCGAGGUCGGCCGCUGGGUGCUGCCUCCUGCCCAGGACCAGCCCCUGGUGGAAGCCAAUCACUUGCUGCAUGAGAGCGACACUGACAAGGACGGGCGUCUGAGCAAGGCUGAGAUCCUGAGCAACUGGAACAUGUUUGUGGGCAGCCAGGCCACCAACUACGGCGAGGACCUGACACGGCACCAUGACGAGCUCUGAGCCCCACGUACCUGGGCCAGCCUCGUGGCCCGUGGGGCGACCCGAGGGGGUCCACAGCGGUC